GUGUUUAAAAGCUAUUGACAAAUAACUGACCAAUGGCGUGCUGAUAAUUUCCCGUAUCACAUAGUAAAAAAAAAGAAGUGAAUAAUAGACACGUUUUUACUCACUCCUCCCACGAGUGGGAAAAAAUACGCUCGCUUAGUUAAAAGGCCCUUUGGCACGAAGUCAACAGCUGUUUGGCUUAUUAGAAGCCAUUUAAGCUGCGGUAGCGCCGGAGUACACCACAUUUCCUCGGUUUAAUUCUCGAAUUGCUAUUUCUUCUCGCCACUGAUCUGGUGACCUCAGCGAAGAUCGCAGGCAAAUGGGCAAAGGGCUAAUGCUUGUUUGAUCACUAAACACAAACAAUUUAAGAGUUUGAUUUCUGGACACCGUUGUACUUUACCAUACAUCGCAACUGCAGGGAAGGAGCGGAAGAACACAAGAUGAAGAAUUCUGCCGAGGAAAACACAACGACAAUCUCGUUGCUCAAUUUUGUCAGCAAUGCGACCAACACCUUGAAAUUUGCUCUGGACAAGCCAGUCAAACCGAAGAGAAAAGUGAACCAUCGAAAGUACCUUCAACGCCAGCUCAAAGGCAAGGCAUCUUCUACAACAUGUACGAUGUCUUACGAGAGUUCUUGGAUGAGCCACGGCGAGGUACUCGACCAUGUUUUAAAACCGGAACAGCAACAGAACUCUUCCGGGGAACGAUCUUCAACCAAAAACUCCAAGGAAAACCGCGCCGAAAAGUUACAAGCGCUAGAAAUCAAUACGCCUGCAUUUAAUCACGAACAAGGGAAGGGAAAGACAAGAGACAUAAAGCGGAAGCAGCGAAUAAGCGAUGCGAGGUUUCCCGAAGAGAUUUUUUCUACGCCUUCGCAACCACUUAGAAAACGAAAUCUCCCCGAGUCGUUUUGGAGCGAGCCAUCGUCAGCCAAAGUAUCGCGUCAAUCUGUGCAAGCAACUCGCCACCCAACCGCAAGUUUCACGAACAACGAUUUGCAGCGCUCUGAACUUGAAAUGCUAGAUUGGCUUCGUCCCGAGUUGGACGAUUUCAUUGAGCGUUGGUCGGAAGAGAGCGAUUGUGCGUCGAACAAUUCAAGUCGCCCUGCCAGUUUAUCUGAUGGCAGUUCCUCAGUGGAUCCGUAUUCACCGUACUCGGACGAAUCAGAAAAUAAUCUCGCAUCUAUGGACGAAUUUUUCGAACAGCGCGUACCGUUUUCGUUCGACAAUUCCGCGAAAGCGGAAGAUUUUAGCGCCCCUUCCGUAAGAAGCUACGCAACUUCACACACUGUUAAUGACAUUGCCUGUAACAUGCAGCAAAAUUACAGUCAAAGGCAGGCGACCCACGCAUCUACCUGUUAUGGGGGAAAUUAUGGUUUUUCGGCAUCUAAAUGGAGCGCGGCAAACCAAACUCGGGCGAGUUAUUUCGAAAAUGGUUACAAUAUUCUCUCGUAAAACCAAACGAAACAUUCUCGGUUAGGACUUGGAACACUGUUUUUAGCAUAACGCGCGUGCUAGGAGCAAUUUUAAUAAUUUCAAUAAAUUGUAGACGAUAUUCCAUUUUGCCGCCACUUAAAAAGUGUUUUACUAAUUUGUAAAUUAUUACGAAAGACUUUGGCAAUAUCGGAAUUGGAAAGUUCUGUACGUUGCUUUGGUUGUCAAAUUUGACUGUUAGCUUCGCUAGAAGCUCGACAACUGUCAUUUCCUUGACGCAUUAAGACUUCUGUAUUUGCGUAUUACAUGUGAAAUAAUUUAAACGUAUUUUUCUCAUUCAUACCCAGUUUAUAACCUUUUAAGAAGACCUCUCCAAUGUUCUGACUCGAAAUAUUGAACUUUAUGUUAGAUCCGUGCGUAAAAGCAUAAUUUUGUUAGAAAAUUUCAAUAUCUAUAAUUUUGAGAUGAUGUUUGAUCGGCAAGAAAAAUUAGAAAUCCACAACAAGGAACCAAUUUUAGCAUUUUCUCUGACCAGAGAGAAUAUUAAAAAAUAACACUAGUUGCAAUUUUACUUCUAUUAAGCUCACUUGUAGCUCUGUAUUUAAUAUUUGAAGAAUAUAUUAAACUUAAACAACGAAACAA